AUGACUACCAGGAAGCGGGCAGAAGCACGGACCCCUAUCCCGUGUAGGAAUGCCUUGUCCCCAGGUGAGCCUCUGCACCCGCGUGGAAGGGGCGAGAAGCGCUGCUCCCUGGGUGCUAUCAGCGACCAGUUCGGCUCUGUCUUUCCAGGGUGGUCCCGGCUGGAGCCAGGCCCGGGCAGCCGCCGGACAACCAGAGUGGGCCAGGGGACCGCGUCCAGUCCCCAGAGGCCAGCCCUCUGUCGGGGCACGGGUUUCCAGCCUCCAGGAAAGGAGCAGGGAAUGGAGGGGAAGAGAGUCUGUAACUGGCGCAAGCGGCGUCGCCGUGUCUGUGCCAUGCGUGUCACGUGUCACCGGUUGGAGCGCUCCACCUGGAUGGUUUCACUCCGCGGAGGCGCCGCCCCGCUGCUGAGAAACCUCAGAGGCAUACUCAACUCUCCCCUCCCCUGCAGCCCCACUACCACAGCCCGGCUUUUCCCCUCCUCACGUCUCCCCCGCAACUCCCAGGCUUCUGGCGCCCCAGGUAAGGGUACCAGUUUCUUCCUGAGCCAUGACCAGAGCCAUUCCAAGAUAAAUGACGUUUCCUGGAAGGAGGUUACCAAUACCUUAUCUCUGACCAACAUGGUCCUGGGGCUCUUCUCCAUCAUCUUCAGCUUUAGCAGGAAACGCCAGUAUGCCUCCUGGAUGCUCCUGGUCAGCUUCCUGUUAGACAUGGCAGUCAGGGCAAUGACCAGCCACCUCAACAUCUGCUCCAAAUUGGGAGCUGAGCUGAAUGACUUUGCCAUCUUCACCACCUUCGGCCUGGCCUCCGCUCUGCUCCUAGGCGUGGACGGACUUCUGAGUGGGACCCUGGCCAUCAUCUAUGUGUCAGCUGCUUCUUUCCGCUUGUGCUUUUAUUCACCUGGAGUCCGCUCCACAUACAGGGGUCUACCCUGCCCGUAUGCGUCCUCCAUCUUGGCUUCCACCUCCCUUCUGACCAAAGGCAACACAUUCAUCCUCUGCUGCAUGGCCUCACUCAUGAUUCUCUUCAUGAUGGACCAGAGCUACUACCCACAUGACAAAAUCCUAGAGUCUGAGAACUGGAAAAAAUUGGUUUAUAUAGGAGGUGUCAUCAUGCUGUUUUUCUCCCCCUUGUCUCUGUCUGCUUGUUACUGCCUGGUAUGGUCGCUCUCAUACAUCUUCUUUCCAGAUGCUCUGUGGGGUAAAGCAGCCUGUCUUUCGUCACAGCACUGAGGAAGCUAAGCAGCUCUACCAGCUCGCACCGGCCUUUGUGGGGUUUGUGUCAGCAUGUUGGGUCAAGCCUUGUCUAGCUGCACUAAAGCUUUGCAUGUACCUGUGUUGUCAUAUACUAGAUACAUGGUAUGUCUGUGGCCAGGAAGCGAGAAACCCAAAGUAGGCUCAGUGGCCUUCGCUUCUUUCUCUUUAUUCAGGGUUCUGACUCCCUUGGAGACAAUACUUGUUUAUUUUGUUUAUGUCAUGUAGAACAGAAUGUGUCCCCCACCCCCUACAACCCCCGCCUCGCCUCAAGCUCAAUGGGGGCUGGGUUUGAGUUCCAGCUCUGUUACCAGCAUCCUUCAGAACUGGUAUGACCUCGGCCUCAGCCCUGCCUGGUGGGGCUUCUUGAAGCAUUUCUUACUUUUGCAGACUCUGGCUCUGAGAAUAGAGCAAUCACAGGACUCUCAUGUUGCCCAGUUUGAAUGUGUGUAGGAUUUUGUAAUUUAAACAUUCUGUAUUUUAACAGUUCAAAGCUGCUGCCUUUUGCUUUGUUUAGUGAUUAGAUACAUUGGUGACAUAGGGCAUCGUCUGGCUUGCAGGAUCUCUGUGGAUUUUCUUUCCAAUGCUGGAAACUACUAAACUCUAGCUAUUCAGAUGCCACUUCAUAGUCUAAAAUCCAAAUCAAAUAGAAAUAAACAGUACUGUAUAGAAAAGUUGUACCUCACCAAGAGCUCAGGUUCACUGAGCCCCCAGCAUGGACAGACAUUCCACCUCCCAGAUGGUGGAAAAAGGAUUGGUGGCUGGUUCUGCUCCACCCUCAAGAGACUGCGCCAGAGCACCUUCUACCCUGGAUAUAACUUUUUGAAGUUUCCAGAACACUGUAUGUGGUAAAUAUACAUCUCGUCUCAAAUUAGAUGGUUAAAAAUAACCCAAAGUAAGAUUUGGCUCUAGUGGAAUAGACAGUGCCUUCCUGUGAAAUCAUUCCUAUGUUCCUAGUUAGAUGGAGAUGCCUGUGUCCCAUGACUUUCCAUCUCCUUCACUUUAGGUUUUGUAUUUUUGCUAUCUGCCAUAGUGCCUGGCACUCAGAAAUGUUGACUUUCUGUGUGAAUUGAUUUAGUUGAGGAUUCUAGUUAAGUUACAUACAAGGUUACUAUAACGUGGUGAGAAUUUUAACAAAUAUACAGGGGCUUAGACAUUUCAGUGUUAUGCCCUUCAAUGCUGUACAUUCAUUUCAAUGUGAUGCUCCCUUUAAUCAAAGCAUUUUAGAAACCCCAAUUUGAAAAUGGUCUUCACAUAACUCUGAAGGACCAAACAGGUAUAACAGUGCCUGCAAAUAAUAGAUGCUCAACAACAAAACCAAAAAGCAAAAAACAUGUUUUGUUCUGAACUGACUAAAUUUUGUCCAAAAACCAAACAUUUGAGAUUAGCCAAUUAUGUCCUAUUCUUAAAUCAAAUUAGGUAUCAUAUUUGGGCUCAAACGACUGGUGGCUGUUUCUAAAAUUUGAAACUAUAUUGAAAGGAAAAAGAUACAAUUCUGAAAGAUGGAAUUGCCAUGUCCAUUUUAAGUGAUAGCAGCAGAGUUAAAUAUAUAGACCCCCAGGAGGACAGCUUUGAAAGUGAAAUACCCAUUGGAUGUGUAAAUUGUGGCUUGAUUGUAACAGUAACAAUUCAUGCUUAAUUGCCUCCAGUUUUUUUGUAGGUUAAUGACACUAGGAUAGUUAUAGGUCAGCUGUCAGCUGGGUAACAGAGGGAUCUAUGCUUCCUUGCACCCCUCUGAGAGUGUGGUUGUACUUCUAUGUGGUCUUGAGGGUCUCAGAAACUAACACUACCCAUUCAAUGCCUUCACUUCCUCAGACAGUGGUUUUCUAAAAUAGAAUGUCUCUUCUUGGGCUUCCUCUUAGGGACAAGUGAGAAGGCCAAGAAAUCUGCACUUCUCAGAUGAAUACAUGAAGCUAGCAGGGUUUAGAUAGCUCUCUUUGUCCUAAACUUGAGAGAGAGUGUACAUUUCCCUCCUGGUCAACUUCUAGCCCCUUCUUCCUAACCUGAAGUCCUACUCCUGUGUCUGAUAAGCAGAAUCAAGUGACUGAGAAUUCUGCUACUCUUUUAGCCCUGUGACCUUGAAUAAAAUGUUUAAUCUCUCUAAGCCUAUUUUCUUAUCUGUAAAAUGGAGGAGUUACUUUCUUUUAGGGUUGUUUUGUGGAUUGAACAACUGUGAUGUUUUAUGUGGAUGAACAUAAAGCACCUACACUAAUGAAUGGCAUGUAAAAGAUGUUAAAUAAAUGUUAGAUGGCUUUC